AGCAUUAGGUUGUCUGCGCAUGACCAGUUCUCUAGUUUGUUGGUGUUGUUUGUUGCCUGGUGCCGCCGCUACACUUCAUUCAAACUAGCGACGAAAAACUGCCGAAACUUUCCUCCUCAAACCAACUCAAGAGAAACCAAGAUGAGUACAGCAACCGAGGACACCGUGGGGAAACUCGAGCUAGACUGCACGAUCGGUUUUGCAGGUGAUGUUCCAGGUGGUUUGAUUGUCCACCCUGACAGACAACACAUGGUAUACCCCCUGGGCUGCACGGUCAUCAUUCAGGACAUUGUCAGCAGCAAGCAGUACUUCCUGAGUGGACACACCAACGAUGUCAGGUGUCUGGCUGUGUCCAAGAGUGGAAACUACCUGGCCUCCGGACAGGUCACUCAUAUGGGCUUCAAGGCAGAUGUCAUCAUCUGGGACUUCAAGUCGCGCAGCAUGUACUGCAGACUGACCUUGCACAAGGUCAAAGUUGAGGCUCUGGCCUUCUCUCCCAACGACAAGUACCUGGUGACGCUGGGUGGACAGGACGACAGCAGUGUUGUGGUGUGGAACAUUGCCAACAAAGAGGCCAUCUGUGGCAGUCCUGCAGCAGUGUCCAGUGCAGGGAUCACCUACUGUGUCAAGUUUGCCAACAACAAUGACAACCUGUUCUUCACUGGUGGAGAUGGAACCCUCCGUGUCUGGGAGUUGGACGUGGCCAACAGAAAGAUCCGACCAACGGAUGUGAACAUGGGACAGAUCAAGAGGAUUGUCAAGUGCAUUGAGGUGAAAGACGACGAUAAUUACUUCUACUGCGGUACAACCAGCGGCGACAUCCUGGCCAUCAACACAAAAACGAAGCUGUUCCAACACUACGGUCCCGAGAAGGACAAGUUCAGCCUGGGGGUGACCUCCAUGGCUCUGCUGAAGACCGGAAACAUCCUGGUCGGCGGGGGAGACGGGACAGUUGCCGUGGUUACACAGGCUGUCAACAAGAAGGACAAGAAAGCUACGUUCAAGAAACUGGCCAAUCAGACUGCUAAGGUAGAAGGAGGCAUCAAGUCAGUGGCCCUUCGUGGAGAAGGACAUCAGUUCUUUGUCGGGACGGAGAAGUCGCAGAUUUACCGUUUCAACUUUGCAGAGUUCACCUCCGAGCUGACCCGCUCCUGCCACUUUGCCGCUGUGCGUGAUAUUGUCUUCCCACGGGAGUGUUCAGAGCUGUUUGCGACUUGCUCCAAGGAUGACAUCCGUGUUUGGCACGCAGACAAGGGGAAGGAGCUGCUGCGUAUCAGUGUGAAGGAACUGUGUCAUGCCAUAGACUUCAUGCCCGACGGCAAGUGUAUCGUCAGUGCAUGGAAUGAUGGGAAGAUCCGAGCGUUUUACCCAGAGACGGGGAAGGAGAUGUUCGUUAUUAAUGACGCUCACCCCAAGGGAGUCACCGCCAUCGCUUGCACCAACGGCGGCAGGCGUAUCAUCAGUGGUGGCGGGGAGGGACAGGUGCGUGUGUGGGACAUCACACCGUCCUACCAGAAGCUUGUUGAGGCCAUGAAGGAGCACAAGGCCUCCGUCACCUGCAUCAAGGUGCGCAAGAAUGACAUGGAGUGUGUGACAGCCAGCAGUGAUGGCACAUGUAUCAUCUGGGACCUGCAACGAUUUGUGAGGAACCAGGUCCUGUUUGCCAACACCCUGUUCCGCUGUGUGAACUACCAUCCUGACGAGUUCCAAGUCAUCACCUCUGGUACAGACAGGAAGAUUGGUUACUGGGAAGUUUAUGAUGGGAAUCAGAUCAGAGAACUGGACGGCUCCAAGUCUGGUGCCAUCAACGGGAUGGACAUCUCUCCUGGAGGGGGGUCUUUUGUGACUGGUGGUGACGACAAACUCAUCAAGGUGUGGAAGUACGAUGAAGGAGAAGUUACCCACGUCGGUAUCGGCCACAGCGGGGACAUCUCCAAACUAAAGAUCUCUCCUGACCAGAGGCACAUCGUCAGCGUCAGCACAGACGGAGCCAUCCUCAGGUGGCGGUACCCGAAUGGGCAGUAGCGUGUGGUCCCCAACUGAAUUCAACCCACCAUCAUAGCAAAAAAAACAAAAACUGAUAGAAUAGAUACUAUGAUGUAGCCACAUGACUACUUCUCAAAGCCUUAAAUGACAGACCCAUAUAAUAGAAAUGUCAUUAUGAAGCAUUUGGUGCAACAGUAGAUUUAGAUUUACCAAAGUGCCUUGGUGUCCACAUGUUGUGCACAUUUUACAGCUAACCUGUGUAGCACAUACAUAUAGUGGCAUAUUCCCACUUUGCAUUGUAAAAAGAUUAAAUGUCUUAAAUGACCAGUUGUCUUUUGAAAUCUUGAAAAUUGGCAAGAAGUGACUGAAAAGACUGUACAUAUACGAGUUUCAUUGUAAGCAUUAUUGUUGAUGGUAAAUAUCUGAUGUGUGUUGAAGGUUAGUGGUGUAGUAGGCCAGAUGCUACCCCUAGUCAGAAUGUACCCGGGUACGUAUAUUCUGGCCUGCUACACCUGAGCAUUGUUAGUUGCACAUUUUUAUGGGGUGUUUAACUAACUAGUGCAUUGUUCUGAGGGAAUGAGCAAUUGCUGGAUCUUUGUAUGCAUAGAUAUGGACAAAAAAGUACCAAUUUAAGCUUGCCUAGUGAUUGAAAAGGCACUUUGGGGUAAAUUGUUGAAUUCUAUAUAUACUGAAAUGUUUCAAUCUGCUGUGCAUGUACAAUUGUUUUGCCUAUAUUGUGUAUUAUAAGAAUUCUUUUGAAUAGGGCAGUCCUUCAAGUUUGCUCAGAUUUUCUGACAAUUUCAACCUCUUCUGAAUUUUUUUGGCAAACUAUGCCGCAAAAAACUGUUAGACAAGAAAUGUUAUUUGUACGUAUGGUCUUGUAGAUAAGGCACUUUCAUUACGGUGACUGUUUUUCAAUGUAAGGCUAAUGUUUGGAAGGAGGUUUUGUGAUUCGUUGUU